GCAUGCGCCGGAGGCUAAAAAUUAAAACCCCCAAGCCUCCCUCGAAUUCCAAAAGGAGGGAAAUCAAAACCCUUGGCCAUGAGAGCCCUGAGGCCUCUCUCGCUCUCCUCCUCACUUCUGCGAGCGAUUUACUCUGCCGGCGCCGGAGGACGGCCUUUGCGUGGUCCCUCUCCUCUCUGCUUUCUUCUCCAGAAUGGAGGAAGCAAGGUUUUAUCUUUUUCUAGGAUAAAGGGCCGUUUACUAUCAUCAACAGUUGAGACACUGUUGGAGUAUGAAAGAGAUCAACCUUUUGAUGAUCAAAAAGUGAUUGAGAAAGACUCAACACUUAAUCUUGCUCUCUCUCAGCUUGCAGCUGAUUUUGAUGUAGAAUCCAAUUUAUCUUUGAGCCGGUUCUUUUGUACAAGGUACACACAUGUGAUCUCUACAGGCUCUCUGAAGCUUGAUCUGGCUCUUGGGAUUGGAGGGCUGCCAAAGUUUGUUGUGCAGGGGAGAAUGAUUGAAAUCUAUGGAAGAGAGGCAUCUGGGAAAACAACACUUGCACUUCAUAUCGUGAAGGAAGCACAAAAGCUUGGAGGAUAUUGUGCUUAUCUUGAUGUAGAGAAUGCUUUGGAUCCAGCUCUUGCAGAAGCAAUGGGUGUAAACACAGAAAAUCUUCUUAUUUCACAUCCUAAUUGUGCUGAAAAUUCCUUGAGCAUAGUGAAUACUCUAGUUAAUAGCGGCUCAGUUGAUGUUGUUGUUGUGGAUAGUGUGGCAGCCCUCGUUCCCCAAUGUGAACUUGAGGGCUUGAUAGAUAUCAAUUCUCAAGAAGUGCAAUCACGAUUCAUGACCCAAGCACUUAAAAAAAUUCAGUACUCACUAAGCCGGUCCCAAACUCUUGUUAUUUUUAUUAACCAGGUUAGGACAAAUUUAAGAUCAAAUCGUGGCUUUGGAGAGAUGAACGAGGUAACUUGUGGUGGAAAUGCCUUAAAAUUCUAUGCAGCAGUACGAAUGAGAAUUACAAGACGAGGCUUACUCCACAAUGAAGAUAAGAUCACUGGCAUUGGCUUAUUAGUGCAAGUCAUGAAAAAUAAACUAGCACCUGCAAUGAAGAAAGCUACUCUGGAUUUAGGAUUUGGCAGGGGCAUUUGUCUUGAAGCUGAGGUUUUGGAGAUGGCUACUAAGCAUGGACUUGUUUUGAGAGAAGGAACUGGAUACUGGAUAGAAGGCGAGUUUCUCAAAGACCAGCAAGAAGCUGAACUAUUUCUAGAGAAAAAUAAUGCUGUAGUAGAUGAGUUUGUUCGUACAUUGAGAAACCAGUUGUUUCAGUCUGGCACAAAAACUGGGAUCUGAAGCUGAUGAUUUUAAGUUUCUAUACAGGAGAAAGAAUGAACUCUUAUCUUGAACAAAAAAAAAAAAAUUCAAUGUCAUGAGGAAAAAUUUGAAGGUAAAACUGGCAGAUGGUCACAGGGUUCAACCAGAGGCUAGUGUGGAUCCAUCCCAGGCAUCCAUAGAAAGUGACAGUUGCUACAAGCAGACAUUUAUAAGGUUUCAGAAUCUGUUGAGGGUUGAUUCACCCUAGGAUCCAAAGAUACGAGGCAUUAAGAUGCCUGCCAUGUUUCGGACAUCUGACCUUUGAGUUUAUUUAUGCUGAUGCUUUACCAUCCCCCAGCCCCCCUACCCUGCUGCCGCCGCCACCGCCACCACCACCACCACCAACAAAAAAAAUUAAAAAAGAAAAAAGAAAAGCUGACAUGCUCUGAGUAUUCAGUUGACGAUCUUCUGUUUCCAGUCCAUAACAAUUGUUGAGCGUUGCGUGUACACUACCUUUAAAGUUAUUAGUGCUGAUACUUUUCUAUAUGUUUUUUCUGUAUCUACAUAUUGAGUACAUUUAAGGUGACAUGCUUGGAGUAUUCAAGUAUUUGAAAAUCUGUUGCUCCAAUUUGUAACAAUGCUGCCGAACAUUGUACGUGCAUCACAUUUCAACUUAAAGGCAAGUUUCUGUU